AUGGUUCUGAGUUACCGGCUGGGCUUAAAUCAUGACAAUUGUUCACGAGUGUUUUCAGAUCAAGAUUCUCGACAAAGAAAUGGUCAACGUUAUGACGGUGGCGUGAAGCCAAAAUUUAAUGUAAAUCAAGUAGCAAUUACACAGGUUGUCAGCUACAACUUGAGCAGGAAAGGACAGUGGGAAGGAGCAUCCACCCACAGCCACUACAGCCCUCUCAACAUCACGAUUAAUGGAAUCCCCUGCAUUCUCUUCUGGGCCAAGAGGAUCAUGAUUAAGUUUGAAAACCACACACAGGUGGAUUUGACAGAGAAGACAUUUGGUGUUCAUGCAACAGUGGAUGUUGGAGAGUCAAACUGCAGUGAAGACAAUGCAAUGCUUUCUCUGAACUUUGGUGACAUUGGCAAUCUAAAGGGACUUGUUAUUCGAUUCUUAUUAACAACCAGCUAUUACCAGCUGUCUGUUCAGAACUGGUUCAGCUUACACAGACUGCAACUUCUUUACAACCACUCCAUACAAGCGACCUUUAAUGCAACCAGAAUAUAUGCACCAGCAAGGUACUCCUACCACUGUGAACAUGUCAGCAGCUUGCAGAGAUAUGAUGCACUUCUCAUACCCAGCUCUGCAAAUGAUCUUUCAAACCUUUGGGAAGUCACUUUUAUUGAUUUCCAGAUUCAAGGUUUUAAAAUUCAAGAAGGACAUUUUGGCUAUGCAAAAGACUGUGCAUCCUUUUUCUCCCCAGCAAUACUUAUGGGAUUGGUUAUGUCGCUCAUUCUGCUGCUGGUCCUUGCCUAUGCUCUUCAUAUGUUGAUCCACCUGAAGUCUCUUGACAGGCACUAUGAAUGCAAAGCUUCUCCUACCUAUUUUCCACAGAUGAAAGACAAUGACAUGGGAGAUGAGAAAGAGCCACUGAGAAGCAGUGGAAAUGAGUUCUAUGAACUCAGAAACCAACAGCUCUGUAAAAUCUACAUUUAG